AGCAUUUGUGUUUCUGCAGUAUCCGGGAAGCGUGCAUGCCGGGUCUGAAUCAAGAGGCUCAUUAUCAAACUGUAAAUCGUUGGAUCGUGGCAUUUGUUCGUCCCUGUGAUAUUUUCGUCUAAUUAUGGCGGACAAGACCGUGACCGAACAGAUGAAGGCUUUGCAGAUGGACGAGAAGAAGAAUGGCAAAGAUGGAGGAAAGAAGAAAAGCAAGAAUGCUGGUGGAGAUGCGGGUGGUAAGACUGAGUUGAGUCCUCCACCACAGUACAUUGAGGAGCGUCUGUCCAUUUAUAACAAGCUCAAGGCUGAACAUGACACUGUGCUGUCUGAGAAAGCAGCGAAGGACAGCAAGCCCAUCAAGAUCACGCUGCCUGAUGGAAAAGUCAUUGAUGGGGAGUCCUGGAAGACCACCCCAUACCAGGUUGCCUGUGGCAUCAGCCAAGGCCUUGCUGAUAACACUGUAAUUGCCAAAGUGAACAAUGGUGUGUGGGAUCUGGACAGAGCCUUAGAGGAAGACUGCAGUCUGGUGUUUCUUAAAUUUGAUGAUGAAGAAGCACAAGCAGUUUAUUGGCACUCCAGUGCCCACAUAAUGGGAGAGGCAAUGGAGAGAGUCUAUAGUGGCUGCCUUUGUUACGGACCCCCCAUCGAGAAUGGCUUUUACUAUGACAUGUACCUUGACAAUGAAGGAGUAUCAAGUAAUGAUUUCCCCUGUCUGGAGAACUUGUGUAAGAAGAUCAUCAAAGAGAAACAGCCCUUUGAGAGGCUGGAGGUAAAGAAGGAGACGCUUCUGGAGAUGUUCAAGUACAAUAAGUUCAAGUGUAGAAUCCUGAAUGAGAAAGUUACCACCCCAACAACUACAGUUUAUAGGUGUGGCCCUUUGAUCGACCUGUGCCGAGGUCCUCAUGUUAGACACACAGGAAAGAUCAAGGCACUGAAAAUCCACAAGAAUUCCUCUACAUACUGGGAAGGUAAAGCUGAUAUGGAGACCCUACAGAGGAUCUAUGGCAUCUCCUUCCCUGAUUCUAAGAUGUUGAAAGACUGGGAGAAAUUCCAGGAAGAAGCCAAAAACAGGGAUCAUCGCAAACUGGGACGGGAGCAAGACUUGUUUUUCUUUCAUGAUCUGAGCCCAGGUAGCUGUUUCUUCCUCCCUAAAGGAGCCUACAUCUAUAACACGCUCAUCGAGUUUAUUAGGAGUGAAUACAGGAAGAGGGGAUUCCAGGAAGUGGUCACACCAAACAUCUACAACAGCAAACUGUGGCAAACCUCAGGGCACUGGCAACACUACAGCGAGAACAUGUUCUCAUUUGAGGUGGAGAAGGAGAUCUUUGCGCUUAAGCCCAUGAACUGCCCUGGACACUGUCUGAUGUUUGACCACCGGCCACGCUCUUGGAGGGAACUACCUCUGCGUCUGGCUGACUUUGGAGUUCUGCACCGCAACGAGCUGUCUGGUGCUCUGACCGGCCUGACCAGAGUCAGACGCUUCCAACAGGAUGACGCUCACAUCUUCUGUUCAAUGGACCAGAUUGAGUCUGAGAUAAAGGGUUGCCUGGACUUCCUGCGUACAGUGUAUGAUGUAUUUGGCUUCACCUUCAAACUGAACCUCUCCACCAGGCCAGAGAAAUUCCUUGGAGAGCCUGAAGUUUGGGACCAGGCUGAGAAGCAACUAGAGAACAGUCUGAAUGAGUUUGGUGAGAAGUGGGUUCUGAAUCCUGGUGAUGGAGCUUUUUAUGGACCAAAGAUUGAUAUUCAGAUCAAGGAUGCCAUUGGCCGAUAUCACCAAUGUGCCACCAUUCAGCUAGACUUCCAGUUGCCCAUUCGCUUCAAUCUCUCAUUCGUAAGCCAUGAUGGUGAUGACAAAAAGAGACCUGUGAUCAUCCACCGAGCGAUCCUGGGCUCAGUGGAAAGAAUGAUUGCCAUCCUGACCGAAAACUAUGGGGGAAAGUGGCCACUGUGGCUCUCUCCACGUCAGGUGAUGGUUGUUCCUGUUGGACCCACCUGUGAUGAGUAUGCCCAAAGAGUACAGCAAGAGUUUCACAGUGGAGGGUUGAUGACGGAUGUGGAUCUGGAUCCAGGCUGCACCCUGAACAAGAAGAUCAGGAAUGCACAGUUAGCCCAGUACAACUUCAUUUUAGUGGUGGGUGAAAAGGAAAAGACAAGUGAAACUGUAAAUGUUAGGACUCGUGACAACAAGGUGCACGGGGAGAGGAGUUUGACCGACUGCAUGCAACGGCUCAAAGAGCUGAAGGCCACACGAAGCCGAAAUGCAGAGGAGGAUUUCUGAGUGCCUCAAGCUUCCUGCCAAGUCUUUCUUCAUAUGCCAGCUCAUAGGCCACUGGGCAACAGUGGGGUCUUCUGCAUAGGAAAUCAUCAAUGACCUUUCAAUAGAAUCUGCGUAAUUCACUUGCUCGUAUUUUAAAUCUAUGACAAUAUUUUUAAUGAAGCAUCUAGUUUUUGGGUAAUUUUCAAUACUGACAAAAACAUUUUGGCUUCCGAAGCAAUGACUAACUGUAAAAAAUGGAAUGUUCAUUUGUCAAAUAUCCAAUGUUCUUCGUGAUAAGGGCUUUUCUGUCAAUAUUUGGGGUAGUUUGAGUUUGGUUUAAUGACGAUUAUCACUUGCAUCUUGUCUAAAAGAGGUCAAACGAUUGUUGAAAAAACAAAUAAAACGGUGUCUUUUCACUCUUUGGAAAUGUUUCACUUGUGUUGAAACCUCUGUUU